GGCUACAGCAGCAGCAGCAGCAGCGCCGGCGGAGGCCACCGCGAAUGUCACAUGCCUCCCGCCGGAAAGUCCCUCGCUCGCCUCUCUGCGGCUCUGGAAAUCCCCAGCCCUUUUUCCCCCUUGCAUUGGGGUGAAGGGAAGGGGCCCGCCUGCCUGACAGUCCGGCUUCUAGAGAGGCAGGAGAGGAGCCAGGGCAGCCACACGGGAGCCUUCCCACCCGAGAAAGCGGAUUAAUCCAUGGCAGCCUAGCGCCGGAGAAGCUUUUCAUGGGAUUUAGGAGAAAGAGGAGGAUUUCCCCAGCCCUCUCCAAGCAGACAGCGAGUUCUUCGAACAGAAUGGCUAGUCCACAAAUUAUUCCUCAAGCUCUAUACUUGAGCAACAUGCUGAAGGCUGUGAAGAUAAGAGAGAGAAUGCCUGAAGACCUCGUCAAGUGUACCAAUGGGAUCAUCCAUCAUUUUAAGACUAUGCACAGAUACACCAUUGAGAUGUUCAGAAUGUGUCAGUUUUGUCCGCAGUUCCAGGAGCUUCUUCAAAAAGCCCUUUUUGAUCAAGCAACCCAGACCUCACUGGAACACCAACGAAAGCUGAAUUGGUGUCGAGAAGUUAAAAAACUCAUGUCAUUGAAGACAAAUGGUGAUGGGAAUUGCCUCAUGCAUGCUACAUCCCAAUACAUGUGGGGUGUCCAAGAUGUUGACCUGGUCCUGAGAAAAGCACUGUUUCGUGCCCUCAAGGAAGUUGAUACACGCAACUUUAAACUGCGUUGGCAACGGGAGACUCUGAAAUCACAGGAAUUUGUGGCAACAGGUCUCUGUUAUGAUACCAGGAACUGGGAGGAUGAAUGGGAGAAUCUCAUCAAGAUGUCAUCUGCAGAAACAUCGGUUGCCCAACACGGGCUUCAGUAUAAUUCCUUGGAAGAAAUCCACAUAUUUGUUCUUGUUAACAUCUUAAGGCGGCCAAUCAUAGUUGUGGCAGAUAAGAUGCUUCGAAGCCUGCAGUCAGGUUCAAGCUUUUCUCCUCUGAAUGUUGGUGGGAUUUACUUGCCUCUCCAUUGGCCAACAGAAGAGUGUUACCGGUAUCCCAUUGUUCUGGCUUAUGACAGCAUGCACUUCACACCACUGAUUGUUCUGAAGGACAGUGGCCCAGAGAUCCGGGCAGUUCCAUUAGUCACUUGUGAAAGGGGCAGAUUUGAAGACUUGAAAGUACACUUUCUGACAGACUCUGAAGAAAGGGAGAAGGAGAAGCUGCUAAGAGACUACCUGAUGGUGAUAGAAAUUCCUGUGCAAGGCUGGGACCCUGGAACAACAAAUAUUAUUAAUGCAGCAAUGUUGGAUGAAGGCAACUUGCCUAAAGAGGUUAACCUAGUGGAAGAUUACUUUCAACUAGUACAGCAUGAGUACAAGAGGUGGCAAGAGAACACAGAAACUGCUGGAAGAGAAGCGGGGACAAGGGACCGCCUGGAAUUGCACCUAUCCCAGCUGUCCCUUGUGGAAGCAAAAUGUGAAACUCCCAAUUGCCCUUUCUACAUGUCUGUCAGGACUCAGCCUUACUGCCAUGAGUGUUUUGAGCGGAAGCAACAGAGGAGUAAGGCAAAGGGACAGAACCUGAGGAUAGCGGGUGAGAAACCCCAGGUGACUAGAUCUGGCUCACCCAAGAGUGAAUGUCGUGAGAUUGCUGCACAAACUCCUGAAAGCCCAGGGACAGGCCCUCGCUCUGCGCCCCCCACAGCCCCAAGUCUUUUUCUGUUCAGCGAAACCACUGCUAUGAAGUGCAGGACUCCAGGCUGUCCUUUCACCCUGAAUGUUCAAUACAGUGGACUCUGCGAGCGCUGCUACAACUCCAGAGAGCUCAGCCCUUGCCACAGCCCAGGUGACAUGGGGCAUUUGGACUGUGUGACCUGUACUUUCUGCCUCAAGGACACCGAUAGGACCUUCAAUGGGAUGUGCAGCACUUGUUUCAAAAGGACUACAGACCGCUUGUCCAACACCAGCCCGAGUGCCACACUAAUGGGCCAUCAAAGAUCCGCGUCUGAUCCCAGCCAUCUCUCACAGAGCUUUUUGCCAAAUUCCUGCCAUGUUGUACCCAGUAGCAGUGCAGUGGAGCCUCUGCCACAUGCUCAGCCUCACAGAUCAGAAGAGAGGAGAGGGAGCAGUAAAUGCAGGAAGCCUGGCUGCAGCUUUUUUGGGACACGUCAGAAUGAAGGCUUUUGCACACUCUGUUAUUUUGAGUAUCAGGAAAAUAAAGAUGCUUCGCUGCUCCAUCACAGAAGGCGUCAGCGAAGUUCUCCGGUCUUCGGGAGCUCUGGAACCACUGCUGCCCUGUACCAGAACACUAUUUCCUGCCUUGGUCGAGAGUGUGGCACUAUAGGAAGCACAAUGCUUGGGGGAUACUGCCAGAAAUGUUUUAUUGAAGCACAAAGUAAGCGGCUGCGGGAAGCCAGGAGGACAGAUGAUCAACUAGUGAGACAGUCAGAGCGAACAGGACAACACAGAGAAUCACACCAAUCAGGCUCAAGCUCCCAGAAGCGUAGAUGUGCCACAGCAUCUUGUCGGAACCACUUGGCUUCUAGGAGUGGGGAACUGUGCCAGGUCUGCCUGCAAGCCAGCCAGCGGGCCCAGUCUGGGGCAUCCCGGAGAGAUCCUUCCUCAGAGGAGCUCCCUAAGCAGCGCUGCCGAGCUCCCGCCUGCGAUCACUAUGGCAACACAAAAUGCCAUGGCUACUGCAAUGAGUGCUAUCAGUUCAAACAGAUCUACGGAUAGCAAGAAGGACUACGCACAUGGCUCUUGCCUUUUGAAAGACAAAAAGAAAGAAGAGGAGGAGGAAGAAGAGGAGGAAAUGGUGCUACAUCCUGAACCUCAAUUGUUCUGCUGUGACCUGGUCUUUUUCACUGCGUGUGAAAUGGAUGAGUUAUUUGGCAGGAAAACAAUAAGCUGAAUUGUAUGCAGAUAUAAACACACACAUAUGAAUUAUGUGUAUAUAAGUGCCAACAGUGGCACAGAGGGACAGUGCAGUCUGAGUUUGCAUCUAUAAGAACAGAAAAGCGGUUUGGUUUCAGUAGAGAUGACUAUGGCAGGAUCUUUAUGUGGAGUACUUGACAACAGACAUUUUUUGCCAGAAUUUUUUAGAUACUUUUCUGUGCUGAAUAUAGUGUCACAGAAUAUUUGUAGAGCCAGGGCCAUUUUUGCCAAUACCUCAUGCACCCUGCCAAAGUGCAAGGAAACGUGACUAAAGCUUUGAGAUGAAGAACUGUUGUGUGACAGCCGUCACAUGAUCUGGGGCUGGUUAACCUCUGAAAACACUGAUCUCUGGAUGAGAAGAAAUUUAGUGGAGUCCAAAGAUGGAACAAGAUGAUUAGCAAGUUGUGGGUUUUAAUUUGGUUUGCUUUGUUCCCCCUCCCCACUUUUUAUUUUGUCUUUACCUUUUCCCAAAUCAGAACUUUAGGUGUGUGCAAGAGCUAUGAAUCAGCCACAUCUUGGCCCUCCAGUGCUGGCACAUUUUUGCCCAAUUAAUCUGUUGGUUGUGUCUGAGGCUAAGGACCUCAUCACGCUUACCUUAAGGGACAGUCUAUCAACAGAUAGGCAUGCUGUCCAUCACAGAGUGUUGGAAGCAUUGUAGGACACUUCCCUCCGAACACGGGAAGGCUUCAGCAUUGCUUUGGUGCCACUUCCCAGCAGCGUGCACGGCAUGGAGGGGGGCAGGUUGUCCGUGUGAUUAGGUCAUAAAGCUCAAAGACCAAUAAUUUAGAAAUGUGAAAGGAAUUGGGUACAUCUCAAUUACUUUCAAAGUGUCUGAAGGUGGAGAAGCAAUCAGAGAAGGGAGAAAUGUUUCUCUAACUAUAGAGGCUGGUUUUAAUUGCUUUUCUGUCUUUAGUUAUUUAUGUCAUUGGUAUCAUAUAAAUACUGAUAGAUCAUAAUCAAUACAGAAAGGAGGCUAACACUGAUUAGGCGUAUGCUGUAAUCAGAUGGCGCCUUUUAUACAGCCACUGUAAACAAGCUGUAUUUUGUAUGCUGUGACUUGACAAAGCACAUACCAGGAGUCAUCCAAUCUGCUUUCCCCACUUAUCUAGGAAUACAGCGGAGCUGCCUUGCUCUUUGUGGAAUAUAGAUUGUAAAUUUCAACACUUGCUGUUAAUGCACACUCAACUUACGAGAUUCAGAAGGCAGGCAGGAGAAGGCAAAGUGGAGAAGCCUCCCCCCCCCCCCCAACACACACACACUUUGCAGCUCUCCAUAUUUUAAUUGUGUUCAAGUGAAUCCAAUCUGGGGGGGGGGGAGUGUUUUAUUGAGUCUGGGACCUGCUUCCAAUUGAGGUUGAACCCUGCCCCAUUAUUUCUCAUUAUUAUUUGCCUGAUGCUAUUAGUGAGGUAUCAAACUAAAUACUGGAAUGGUACUGGGGGUCUAAAUCUGCAGUUUAAAUCUACAUUUCCUUCACUGCCUGCUGAUGAAUCUCUUCUGCUUUGCAUGUGAUUUGUGGAAAAGGAUAGGCAUGCUUGUUCCACUUUGUGUUUGUAUGUACCAUCUGGAAAAUAUUUUUCAUUAUUCCUCUCUUCUCUUUAGUCUGAAACACUUUCAGGGUCUGCCCUCUCUGAUUUUGAAUUUGCUGUGUAUUAUUUGUGAACUAAUGUGAAGAUUUGUUAAAAUAUUUAUAUUGUUUCAAAAGUGUAAUAUUAACUUUGUUAAUAUGAUAAUUUACACCUUAUUUCAUUGCUUCCUCUGCCACAAAACCAACUCUGAGUAAAUGUACUUGUGUAACUGGAGAUGGCAGUGGGAGAAAAUAAAUUAUUUGAAGAUUUA